CUCUUUCCCUUUUUGUUGUGGAAUGAUUGGCCGGCGCUAAACCAUCCCCGGGAGAGCGAGAAAGAGACGACUACCGCCACCAUCAACGUCGGUCGAAAAUGGUGCGUCGUCUCUUCAACUGUUUAGGCAAGUGUACCGGAUCGAUCAACGGAAAAGGAAACGCGGCAAUCGUCGAUGCACCGGUACCUUCGCCGGUACUCGUGGAGCUGUUCUCUUCCCAGGGAUGUUCGAAGGCGCCGGCGGCGGAGCUUUUGUUGUCGAGGCUGGUGAGGGGGGAUUACCUGCUGGAUGCGCCGGUGGUGGCGUUGUCUUACCAUGUCGAUCACACGGGAUGGAAAGACCCUUACGCCUCGACCAAGUGGAACGUCCGGCAGAAGGCGUACGUCAAGGCGUUGAAACUCGACGGAGCGUUUACGCCUCAGAUCGUGGUUCAGGGCAGGGCUCAUUGUCCGGCUGAUGAAGAAGAUGCUUUGUUGUCCACCAUUGCUAAUGCUCCCAGGUUCCCUGCUCCAAAAUUCAAGGCAAAUUUUAAGAGGCCAACAUCAGAGACCUUGGAAGUAACCCUAAUCGGAGCAUUGAGGUACAAGGUAGACAACAACGUCGACAAUGUGAUGGUGGCGUUGUACGAGAGCGGAUUGGCGAACGAGUGCCUUUCCGGCGAGAACAAAGGGAAAGUGCUUUACAACGACUUUGUCGUGCGGAAACUCGAAAAGCUCUGCAUCGUGGACGACAUAUCGGCCAAGAAGACGCUCUCGGUCACGGUCACUUUCCCCCUUUGGGACGGUUUCAACAGCAGCAAGUGUUCCAUUGUCGUCUUUGUUCAAAACAUUUAUCAACAAAUCUUUGGUUCCCAGUACUUUCAGUUGCCUGAUGAUUUGUAAA